AGUCGUUGAACCAAAGCAAUCAAUGGCUGAGCCUCAUCGUUUGGAAAUAUCGUAGAGCAUCCAAGUGACGGAGAGAGUCCUAAAUCCAAGGGCUGCUUUUUCGACUUCGGUAUAACAUCGUUCCUAGAAUUUUUGAUCGGGAAACGACGUCGUGUGCUUUCCUUCCCUGCAUCGCCAUGGCAAUUGCGUCAGAUGAAUCCUCGAGAAUAUGCAGCCACUGUGACAGAGCUAUCCCUUCUUCAAAUAUUGAUUUGCAUUAUGCUCAUUGCUCUCGCAAUCUAGAAAGAUGUAAAAUUUGUGGUGAUAUGGUUCCCAAAAAAUAUUCAGACGAACACUUCUUAAGCACCCAUGCUCCGGUAUCCUGUUCACUCUGCAGUGAGACAAUGGAACGUGAAGUUUUACCAAUCCACAAAGGUGAAAACUGCCCACAGAGGAUUGUCACCUGUGAGUUCUGUGAGUUUCCAUUGCCUGCAAUUGAUCUAGCAGAGCAUCAGGAAGUAUGUGGAAAUCGUACAGAGCUUUGUAUUCUAUGCAACAGAUACAUUAGGCUGCGAGAAAGAUAUAACCAUGAAAGUAGGUGCACUGGCAUCUUAGAUAAUGCUGUGCCCAGGGAUGUGAGGGAAGCUGAAAGAGACCAAGGUGCUCAAAGAAGGCCGCCACAGGACUUUUCGCGGAAACGACUUCUAUUCACGAUAGCAAUAACAGGCAUUGCCGUUCUACUAGGGUCUCUUUUCUUCCAGAGAAAGACGGAGAGCAGUCAAGUGCAUUAGCAGCAGCAGCAGCAGAGAGGAUACACAUUUGAGUUAUGUAAAUCUCCGUGAGAGCUACCUGUUCCAUGUGUCUGUACCUGAAACCAUCCGGGAGCAUACUGUAAUAACUGCUUUAAGCUCAUAGGGAUUGUGAUUAUAUACUGACAGGUUAUGCAAUACUGGUCUACUUAUUUUUUUACUUCUUUUUCACAAUUUGGUUGAGAUAAAUAUAGGCUACAUGCAUGAAAACUGAAAUUCUUAA